AUGUUUGUAACGUCGAUCAUACCAUGGAAUGAGGCUCCUUCAGAGUGUGAGACAUGUCUAGCAACGCUCGCUGGCCAAAUUUGCCCUAGCAACCGGCCAACACUUUCCGUGGUCAGCCCACGACUAUACCAAGUUCUAUCGAGGUGCAUGAAGCUUACCAGAAUAGUCCGUGGAGUAAGCCUUGGAAGGAAAAGGCGUCCAAUAUAUGGUUGGCAGCGUUGA